GGAGAGCCGAGCAGGGCUGAACAAUAGAGACAGGCAGACGGGCGAGGAGGAGAGCCAGCUGCCGCUGCUGGGGGAGAGCGGGCGUCCAGGCAGCCGGGACCCCGGCUCGGGCCAGACCGCAGGCGGCCAGCGCCCCCAGGGAAGGGGGACCAUGGGGGAGCCGGCAGCAGGCGCCCCCAGCCCGCCGCGCGCCUCCGCUUGAGGGAGCCUCGGCGUCCUCUGCCCCAGCCUCGCCGCCCCGGCCGCCCGCCCUCGAAGCCCGGUGUCCGCCGGGUCUGCGGCCGUGGCCGCUGCGCCCCGCGCCCUCCGCCCACAGGGCGCCGAGCAGCCCUCGGCCCCAGGCUUCGCCAGCCGCCGGCUGCCCGCGGACGCCCUCCCCCAGUCAUGAACCCCCCGGAGGGGGCAGCGGAGGAAGGAGGAGCCGCCGACUCGGACGUGGACGCCUUUUUCCGGACAGGGUCUUUUCGGAAUGAUGGUUUGAAAGCUUCUGAUGUCCUUCCCAUCCUAAAGGAAAAAGUGGCCUUCGUGUCUGGGGGCCGCGAUAAGCGAGGUGGACCCAUCCUGACCUUCCCUGCUCGAAGCAAUCAUGACAGAAUAAGACAGGAAGACCUGCGGAAACUCGUGACCUAUCUGGCCAGCGUGCCAAGCGAGGACGUGUGCAAACGUGGCUUCACCGUCAUCAUCGACAUGCGGGGCUCCAAGUGGGACCUCAUCAAGCCCCUCCUCAAGACGCUGCAGGAAGCCUUCCCAGCCGAGAUCCAUGUGGCCCUCAUCAUCAAGCCCGACAACUUCUGGCAGAAACAGAAGACCAACUUUGGCAGCUCCAAGUUCAUCUUUGAGACGAGCAUGGUGUCCGUGGAGGGCCUCACAAAGCUGGUGGACCCCUCCCAGCUGACAGAGGAGUUCGACGGCUCCCUGGACUACAACCACGAGGAGUGGAUCGAGCUGCGGCUCUCCCUGGAGGAGUUCUUCAACAGUGCUGUGCACCUGCUCUCGCGCCUUGAGGACCUGCAGGAGAUGCUGGCCCGGAAGGAGUUCCCAGUGGACGUGGAGGGCUCGCGGCGCCUCAUUGAUGAGCACACACAGCUCAAGAAGAAGGUGCUCAAGGCCCCUGUGGAAGAGCUGGACCGGGAGGGGCAGCGGCUGCUGCAGUGCAUCCGCUGCAGCGACGGCUUCUCAGGGCGCAACUGCAUCCCGGGCAGCGCUGACUUCCAGAGCUUGGUGCCCAAGAUCACCAGCCUCCUGGACAAGCUGCACUCCACCAGGCAGCACCUGCACCAGAUGUGGCACGUGCGCAAGCUCAAGCUGGACCAGUGUUUCCAGCUGCGGCUCUUUGAGCAGGAUGCCGAGAAGAUGUUCGACUGGAUAAGCCACAACAAGGAAUUAUUCCUUCAGAGCCAUACGGAGAUUGGAGUCAGCUACCAGCAUGCCCUAGACCUCCAGACACAGCACAAUCACUUUGCCAUGAACUCCAUGAAUGCCUAUGUCAACAUCAACCGCAUCAUGUCUGUGGCUUCCCGCCUCUCAGAGGCUGGCCAUUAUGCCUCGCAGCAAAUCAAGCAGAUCUCCACGCAGCUAGACCAGGAGUGGAAGAGCUUCGCGGCCGCCCUGGAUGAACGCAGCACCAUCCUCGCCAUGUCUGCAGUGUUCCAUCAGAAGGCUGAGCAGUUCCUGUCAGGAGUGGACGCCUGGUGCAAGAUGUGCAGUGAAGGUGGCCUGCCAUCCGAGAUGCAGGACCUGGAGCUGGCGAUCCACCACCACCAGUCCUUGUAUGAGCAGGUGACCCAGGCCUACACAGAGGUCAGCCAGGAUGGCAAAGCCCUGCUGGAUGUGCUGCAGCGUCCCCUGAGUCCUGGGAACUCCGAGUCCCUCACAGCCACAGCCAACUACUCCAAGGCAGUGCACCAGGUGCUGGACGUGGUGCACGAGGUGCUGCACCACCAGCGGCGGCUUGAGAGCAUCUGGCAGCACCGCAAGGUGCGGCUCCACCAGCGGCUGCAGCUCUGCGUCUUCCAGCAGGAUGUCCAGCAGGUAUUAGACUGGAUUGAAAACCACGGCGAGGCCUUUCUCAGCAAACACACAGGGGUCGGGAAGUCUCUACAUCGAGCCCGGGCCCUACAGAAGAGGCACGAUGACUUUGAAGAGGUGGCUCAGAAUACGUACACCAAUGCGGACAAGCUCCUAGAAGCAGCGGAGCAGCUGGCUCAGACGGGGGAAUGUGACCCGGAGGAGAUCUACAAGGCAGCUCGACACCUGGAGGUGCGCAUCCAAGACUUUGUGCGCAGGGUGGAGCAGCGGAAGCUUCUGCUAGACAUGUCUGUCUCCUUCCACACGCACACCAAAGAGCUGUGGACAUGGAUGGAAGACCUUCAGAAGGAGAUGCUGGAGGAUGUCUGUGCAGACUCCGUGGACGCAGUCCAGGAACUGAUCAAACAGUUCCAACAGCAGCAGACGGCCACUCUGGAUGCCACUCUCAAUGUCAUCAAGGAGGGCGAAGACCUUAUCCAGCAGCUCAGGUCAGCGCCUCCCUCCCUGGGGGAGCCCAGCGAGGCCAGGGACUCGGCCGUGUCCAACAACAAGACGCCCCACAGUAGCUCCAUCAGCCACAUUGAGUCGGUGCUGCAGCAGCUGGACGAUGCCCAGGUGCAGAUGGAGGAGCUGUUCCACGAGCGAAAGAUCAAGCUGGACAUCUUCCUGCAGCUGCGCAUCUUUGAGCAGUACACCAUUGAGGUGACGGCAGAGCUGGACGCCUGGAAUGAGGACUUGCUUCGGCAGAUGAAUGACUUCAACACAGAGGAUUUGACACUGGCGGAGCAGCGGCUGCAGCGCCACACAGAACGGAAGCUGGCCAUGAACAACAUGACCUUCGAGGUCAUCCAGCAGGGCCAGGAUCUGCAUCAGUACAUCAUGGAGGUCCAGGCCUCAGGAAUUGAGUUGAUCUGUGAAAAAGACAUUGAUCUGGCAGCCCAGGUGCAAGAGCUGUUGGAGUUUCUCCACGAGAAGCAGCAUGAAUUGGAGCUCAAUGCGGAGCAGACCCAUAAGCGGCUGGAGCAGUGCCUCCAACUGCGGCACCUCCAGGCCGAGGUCAAACAGGUCCUGGGAUGGAUCCGCAACGGGGAGUCCAUGCUCAGUGCCAGCCUGGUCAAUGCCAGCUCUUUGUCCGAAGCAGAGCAGCUGCAGCGGGAGCACGAGCAGUUCCAACUGGCCAUCGAGUCCCUCUUUCAUGCCACUUCCUUGCAGAAGACGCACCAGAGUGCCCUGCAGGUACAGCAGAAAGCUGAGGCGCUGCUGCAGGCCGGCCACUACGACGCAGAUGCCAUCCGGGAAUGUGCCGAGAAGGUGGCCCUCCACUGGCAGCAGCUCAUGCUGAAGAUGGAAGACCGGCUGAAACUGGUCAAUGCCUCGGUGGCCUUUUACAAAACUUCUGAGCAGGUCUGUAGUGUCCUGGAGAGCUUAGAACAAGAAUACCGGAGAGAUGAGGACUGGUGUGGUGGACGAGAUAAAUUGGGGCCAGCAGCAGAGAUGGACCAUGUCAUUCCACUCAUCAGUAAACAUCUGGAACAAAAGGAGGCCUUUCUUAAGGCUUGCACCCUGGCGCGGCGGAACGCUGAGGUCUUUCUCAAGUACAUCCACAGGAACAACGUCAGCAUGCCCAGUGCCGCCAGCCACACCCGAGGACCUGAGCAGCAAGUGAAAGCCAUCCUGAGUGAGCUGUUACAGAGGGAGAACCGUGUCCUGCACUUCUGGACCUUGAAGAAGCGGCGGUUAGACCAGUGCCAGCAAUACGUGGUAUUCGAGCGAAGCGCUAAGCAGGCGCUAGACUGGAUCCAGGAAACAGGUGAAUAUUACCUCUCAACACAUACCUCCACCGGGGAGACCACAGAGGAGACUCAGGAACUGCUGAAAGAAUAUGGGGAGUUCAGGGUUCCUGCCAAGCAAACAAAGGAGAAGGUGAAGCUUCUGAUUCAGCUGGCUGAUAGCUUUGUGGAAAAAGGCCACAUCCAUGCCACAGAGAUCAGGAAAUGGGUGACCACGGUGGACAAGCAUUACAGAGACUUCUCCUUGAGGAUGGGAAAGUACCGGUACUCCCUGGAGAAAGCCCUAGGAGUCAACACAGAGGAUAACAAGGACCUAGAGCUGGACAUCAUCCCAGCAAGCCUUUCAGAUCGUGAGGUCAAGCUCCGGGAUGCCAACCACGAGGUCAAUGAAGAAAAGCGGAAAUCAGCCCGGAAGAAAGAAUUCAUUAUGGCAGAGCUGCUCCAGACAGAGAAGGCGUAUGUGAGGGACUUACACGAGUGCUUAGAGACCUACCUGUGGGAGAUGACCAGUGGUGUGGAGGAGAUCCCCCCCGGGAUCCUUAAUAAGGAGCAUAUCAUCUUUGGCAACAUCCAGGAGAUCUACGAUUUCCAUAACAACAUCUUCCUCAAAGAGCUGGAGAAGUACGAGCAGCUGCCUGAGGAUGUGGGACACUGCUUUGUUACCUGGGCAGACAAAUUUCAAAUGUACGUCACCUACUGUAAAAACAAGCCUGAUUCCAACCAGCUGAUCCUGGAGCACGCAGGCACCUUCUUUGAUGAGAUACAGCAGCGGCAUGGUCUGGCCAACUCCAUCUCUUCCUACCUGAUUAAGCCUGUCCAGAGGAUCACCAAGUACCAGCUGCUUCUAAAGGAACUUUUAACUUGCUGUGAAGAAGGGAAAGGGGAACUCAAGGAUGGCCUGGAGGUGAUGCUCAGUGUCCCAAAGAAAGCCAAUGAUGCCAUGCACGUCAGCAUGCUGGAAGGGUUCGACGAGAACCUGGAUGUGCAGGGAGAGCUGAUUCUGCAGGACGCCUUUCAAGUGUGGGACCCGAAGUCGCUGAUCCGGAAGGGGCGGGAGCGACACCUGUUCCUCUUUGAGAUUUCCUUGGUUUUUAGCAAGGAGAUCAAAGACUCUUCAGGACACACGAAAUAUGUUUACAAGAACAAGCUACUGACCUCAGAGCUGGGAGUGACUGAGCACGUCGAGGGCGAUCCCUGCAAAUUUGCCUUGUGGUCUGGGCGCACCCCAUCCUCAGACAAUAAAACAGUGCUGAAGGCCUCCAACAUAGAAACCAAGCAGGAAUGGAUCAAGAACAUACGCGAGGUGAUUCAGGAAAGGAUCAUUCACCUGAAAGGAGCUUUAAAGGAGCCAAUUCAGCUCCCCAAAACACCAGCCAAACUGAGGAACAAUAGUAAGAGGGAUGGAGUGGAGGAUGUUGACAGCCAGGGGGAUGGAAGCAGCCAGCCAGACACCAUCUCCAUUGCUUCUAGAACCUCUCAGAACACAGUGGACAGUGACAAGCUCUCUGGCGGCUGCGAAUUGACCGUGGUCCUCCAGGACUUCAACGCGGGCCACAGUAGCGAGCUGAGCAUCCAAGUGGGACAGACCGUGGAGCUGUUGGAGCGGCCGAGCGAGAGACCGGGCUGGUGUCUGGUCCGCACCACGGAGCGGAGCCCCCCCCAGGAGGGCCUGGUCCCCAGCAGCGCCCUGUGCAUCUCCCACUCCCGAAGCAGCGUGGAGAUGGACUGCUUCUUCCCCUUGGUGAAAGAUGCCUACUCUCAUUCCUCGAGUGAAAACGGAGGCAAGUCCGAGUCGGUGGCCAACCUGCAGGCCCAGCCCUCCCUGAACUCCAUCCACAGUUCACCUGGGCCCAAGCGCUCCACCAACACCCUGAAGAAGUGGCUGACCAGUCCUGUGCGCCGGCUCAACAGCGGGAAAGCAGAUGGCAACAUCAAGAAGCAGAAGAAAGUGCGAGAUGGUCGGAAGAGCUUCGACCUGGGAUCUCCCAAGCCUGGGGAUGAGACGACCCCUCAGGGAGACAGCGCUGAUGAGAGCAAGAAAGGUUGGGGGGAAGAUGAGCCAGAUGAAGAGUCACACACCCCGCUCCCUCCGCCCAUGAAGAUCUUCGACAACGACCCCACGCAGGACGAGAUGUCCUCCUCUUUGCUAGCAGCCCGGCAGGCUUCCACCGAAGUACCUACUGCUGCAGACCUUGUCAGUGCAAUAGAACAGUUGGUCAAAAGCAAGCUGAGUCUGGAAGGGGGCUCAUACCGGGGGAGCUUGAAAGACCCCACAGGCUGCCUGAAUGAGGGCAUGACCCCGCCCACACCUCCUAGAAACCUGGAAGAAGAACAGAAAGCCAAGGCCCUGAGAGGCAGGAUGUUUGUCCUGAAUGAGCUGGUACAGACUGAGAAAGACUAUGUCAAGGACUUGGGGAUUGUGGUGGAGGGCUUCAUGAAGAGAAUAGAAGAAAAGGGUGUCCCUGAGGACAUGCGAGGAAAGGAUAAGAUCGUGUUUGGAAAUAUUCACCAGAUUUAUGAUUGGCACAAGGAUGUUUUCCUGGGUGAACUGGAAAAGUGCAUCCAGGAGCAAGACAGAUUGGCACAGCUCUUCAUUAAACAUGAGCGGAAGCUGCACAUCUACGUGUGGUACUGCCAGAACAAGCCGCGCUCCGAGUACAUCGUGGCUGAGUAUGACGCCUACUUUGAAGAGGUGAAACAGGAGAUAAAUCAAAGGCUGACGCUCAGCGACUUCCUUAUCAAGCCCAUUCAGAGAAUAACAAAAUAUCAGCUGCUCCUUAAGGACUUCCUGAGAUACAGCGAGAAGGCUGGUUUGGAGUGUUCAGAUAUAGAGAAAGCAGUGGAGUUAAUGUGCCUUGUUCCAAAACGCUGCAAUGACAUGAUGAAUCUGGGACGCCUGCAGGGAUUUGAGGGCACCCUGACUGCUCAGGGCAAGCUGCUGCAGCAGGAUACGUUCUACGUGAUUGAGCUGGAUGCCGGCAUGCAGUCCCGGACCAAGGAGAGGCGUGUGUUCCUCUUUGAGCAAAUUGUCAUCUUCAGUGAACUUCUCAGGAAGGGAUCCCUCACCCCAGGCUACAUGUUCAAGAGGAGCAUCAAGAUGAAUUACUUGGUCCUGGAGGAGAACGUGGAAAAUGACCCCUGCAAGUUUGCGCUCAUGAACAGGGAGACUUCGGAGAGGGUCAUCCUGCAAGCCGCCAACGCUGACAUCCGGCAGGCCUGGGUGCAGGACAUCAGUCAAGUCUUAGAAACACAGCGAGACUUCUUAAACGCCCUACAGUCGCCCAUUGAGUAUCAGAGGAAAGAAAGGAGCACAGCCGUGAUGAGGUCCCAGCCUGCCAGGGUUCCCCAGGCCAGCCCCAGGCCCUACUCCUCCAUCCCCGUGGGCUCUGAGAAGCCCCCAAAGGGCUCCAGCUAUAACCCGUCUCUGCCACCCCUGAAGAUAUCUACCUCCAAUGGCAGUCCGGGCUUUGACUACCACCAGGCUGGGGACAAGUUUGAGCCCAGCAAGAGCGACCUGGGAGGCUGCAAUGGGGCCUCAUCCAUGGCCGUGAUCAAAGAUUACUAUGCACUGAAGGAGAAUGAAAUCUGUGUGAGCCAAGGUGAGGUGGUCCAGGUCCUUGCCGUCAACCAGCAGAAUAUGUGCCUGGUGUACCAGCCCGCCAGUGACCACUCCCCCGCCGCCGAGGGCUGGGUCCCAGGCAGCAUCCUGGCGCCCCUCACCAAAGCCACGGCAGCCGCAGAAAAUAGUGACGGGAGCAUCAAGAAGUCAUGUUCAUGGCAUACUCUACGCAUGAGAAAGCGGGCAGAAGUGGAGAACACGGGUAAAAAUGAAGCCACAGGGCCUCGUAAACCCAAGGAUAUUCUGGGCAACAAAGUCUCUGUUAAAGAGACGAACAGUUCCGAGGAGUCAGAGUGUGAUGAUCUUGACCCUAAUACUAGCAUGGAGAUCUUAAAUCCAAAUUUCAUCCAAGAAGUGGCCCCAGAAUUCCUUGUGCCCCUGGUGGAUGUGACCUGCUUGCUUGGGGACACAGUGACACUUCAGUGCAAAGUCUGUGGGCGGCCGAAGCCCACCAUCACCUGGAAGGGUCCAGACCAGAACAUCCUGGACACCGACAACAGCUCAGCCACGUACACCGUCUCCUCCUGUGAUUCCGGGGAAAUCACCCUGAAAAUCUGCAAUCUGAUGCCCCAGGACAGCGGGAUUUAUACCUGCAUAGCAGCAAAUGACCAUGGCACCACGUCAACGUCGGCUACGGUUAAAGUGCAAGGUGUUCCAGCGGCCCCCAACCGCCCCAUUGCCCAGGAGAGAAGCUGCACCUCCGUGAUCCUCCGCUGGCUGCCCCCGUCCAGCACGGGAAACUGCACCAUUUCUGGUUACACCGUGGAGUACAGAGAGGAAGGUUCCCAGGCCUGGCAGCAGUCGGUAGCAUCGACCUUGGACACUUACCUUGUCAUCGAAGACCUCAGUCCUGGGAGUCCUUAUCAGUUCAGGGUCAGUGCCAGUAACCCCUGGGGCAUCAGCCUUCCCAGUGAGCCCUCGGAGUUCGUGAGACUUCCAGAAUACGAUGCCGCUGCUGAUGGCGCCACCAUUUCUUGGAAAGAAAAUUUUGAUUCAGCUUAUACUGAACUGAAUGAAAUUGGAAGAGGCCGUUUCUCCAUAGUAAAGAAGUGCAUUCAUAAAGCUACUCGUAAAGAUGUGGCUGUGAAAUUCGUCAGCAAAAAAAUGAAGAAAAAAGAGCAGGCUGCCCAUGAGGCUGCCCUGCUUCAGCACCUGCAGCACCCCCAAUACAUCACUCUCCAUGACACCUAUGAGUCCCCCACAUCCUACAUCCUGAUUUUGGAACUGAUGGAUGAUGGCCGGCUCUUAGACUACCUUAUGAAUCAUGAUGAGCUGAUGGAAGAAAAAGUAGCUUUCUACAUCCGAGACAUCAUGGAAGCCCUGCAGUACCUUCACAACUGCAGGGUUGCACAUUUGGACAUAAAGCCUGAAAACCUGCUCAUUGACCUACGGAUCCCAGUGCCUCGAGUGAAGCUCAUUGACUUGGAGGAUGCCGUCCAGAUCUCAGGACACUUCCAUAUCCACCACCUGCUGGGGAACCCUGAGUUUGCCGCCCCAGAAGUGAUCCAGGGCAUCCCUGUGUCCCUGGGCACCGACAUCUGGAGCAUCGGGGUCUUGACAUAUGUCAUGCUAAGUGGGGUCUCCCCCUUCUUGGAUGAGAGCAAAGAGGAGACGUGCAUCAACGUCUGCAGGGUGGACUUCAGCUUCCCCCAUGAGUACUUCUGUGGAGUGAGCAAUGCUGCCAGAGAUUUCAUCAACGUGAUCCUCCAGGAAGACUUUCGGAGGCGGCCCACGGCGGCCACCUGCCUGCAGCAUCCAUGGCUGCAGCCCCACAACGGCAGCUACUCCAAGAUCCCCCUGGACACCUCCCGCCUGGCGUGCUUCAUAGAGCGCCGCAAGCACCAGAACGAUGUGCGGCCUGUCCCCAACGUCAAGAGCUAUAUUGUCAACCGGGUAAACCAAGGGACGUAGCCACCUCCCAGCCCUCGAGGUUUCACAUGGAAGUGCAGUGUGAACCAAAGCAAGACUGAAUGUGUCUGUAAAUAAUCCUGUUAAGUAGUUCCCUCCACACGGUUCUCUGGGUUGAGAGAGGGACCUCUUCAACCUCAUCAGUGGUUAUUCAGGGUCUGAGCAGCAGGAAGAGCCCCCUAAAUCCAGGGACUUGCCAGAAGGUCAUUCAGAAGAGACACAGAUGUCAAGAGUCACAGAAAAGAUUCAAAAGAGAGGUAAAGCUGACAAGGGGUAGGAGCGGUUAUGAAACUUUAAUCAGAUGAGGAGUCACUGGGCGAAACUGAAGCUCAAGGCAGUGAGUAGAGAAGGUUUCUGCCUUUGCUGGAAUUUGAAGCAAGGUUCUGUCUAACAGAGAUGUCAUGUAUGUCGACUGUUCUGGUUUCGAUUACCUAGAUAUAGUUUCUGAAUAGGCUACAUGGACACAUGCUGUAAAAUGUAUCUCCUUCGGCUUUCAGAGUUUUAUAAUAUAGAGAGAUAUAUAUGAAAUCAAUCCUAAGUAACUUUGAGUGUGCCAGUUCAGUAACUUAUUUCCCCGAAGCAUUAUAUUGUUUGGACAAGCACAACUAGAUGACAGGUUUUUUUAGAUCAUUU